AUGAAGCGUGUCGCUGACAAGCAGCUCAUCCGUGAGGAGGCGGAUGUGGAGGAAACCAACGACACGGGAGAGCCUGGAACUGGGUUCAGAAAAGCAGACGAGGCCGUCUUAGCCACACGAAAGCAAGUAAUCCGUGCGCUCCCCAAGCGAGCUGCGGGGGGAAGCUUCAAUGCGGCGGCUACUCCUUCAGCGGCGGCUGCCACAAACGCGCCACCCAAGUUCGGUGGUUUCGCGGGAUUCGGAGCACCGAGCUCAGCAACUUCAUCGUUCACGUUCAGUUCCCCCGCACCAGCAUCUACAUCCUUCGACGCCACUCCCAAACCCCCACCGGCCACAUCGACUCCUUCAACUAGCAUUACCGCAUCUAAUGGACCCUCGAGUACUGCCAAAACCUUCGCCGGCUUCCUCAGCACACCUUCCACCAAUGGCACCGCGGAGACUAAAACGAAUCUAUUCCCUACCGCACCGCCUAAAUCUACGGGUGCAGAGUCGAAUAAUUCUUCUGUAGACUACUACAGUUCUCUGCGAGGCUUGAAUGUUUCGGUCCUGGAUGCCAUCAAGAAGUAUGUAGACGAGGACCCAUUCACCGACCUUUCCGAACUUCUCGAACAAUACAAGAAGUUGCGCUUGGAUGUGCAAAACAAGUUCGAUUCUGCGAAAUCGGCAUCCACAUCAGGAGCAGCAUCACCGUCGACAUCUCAAACGAAGCCGGCUGAACUUCCCAAGUUCUCGAUGCCGACACCGCCGUCAACAUUUGCUGGCUUUGGAGGCAGUUCCUCAACGAGUGCCAACUCUACGACGAAAUCCGAGAAGCCGGCGACUGGCGGCUUCACCCCUUCUGGUCUUUCAAUGCCUGCUCCCCCAUCAAGCUUUGCUGGAUUUGGAUCUUUCCCCAAACCCUCAGAAACCAAGGAGUCCACGUCCUCGGCUGCACCAGCGACCCGCUCUCCCUUCGGAUCGACCUCCCUUUUCGGUGGAACCGACGCGUCGAAAUCCUCAACACCAACUGCUCCUUCUUCGGGCCCCUUCUCAUUCCCUUCUACCACACCUUCAAGUGGUGGAUCUCUCUUUGGGAACAAAGAUUCUUCAAGUCCUUUCGGAAGCUCAGGGACUUCAUCGGCGCCUUCAUCCUUGCCGUUUUCGUUUGCGAAACCCUCGGAAGCGGGUGGCAAGGACGCCCCGAUUGCCUCUCUUCCGUUCCAGCUCGCUCCAUCAACCAGUUCGAAGGAACCUCCGAAGAGUGUGUUCGGUAGUCUAGCCAAAGAAGGGGAAAAGGAAGACGAGAAGGAAAGCGACAAGACAGCUUCGAGUACCCCCUUCACCUUUGGAGCUAUGUCGACGUCCGGCAGCACCAGUAGUCCGUUUGGGUCUUUUGGGACUUCGUUUGGAAAGCCGGCAUCUGGAGGAACCACUGGCUUUACAUUCGGUUCCUCUUCAUCAACCACUACCACGCCAUCCCUUGGGUCUGAGCCUACUCUCAAGUCCGGCUUCAGCUUUGGCUCUGCAGCCGGUGGCUCCACUUCAUCGUCUGGGUUCAGCUUCGGGUCAGGGUCAGGGAGCUUCUCUGCACCUGCUACUCAGAAGGAUGAGGAAAAGGGAUCGGAGGAAAGCAAGGAAGGUAGUGCGGCGCCUAGUGAAGCUGCUUCUGAAGGCAUGAUGUCUGCCUUUGGCAACAAGCCUCACGAUGAGGAAGGUGAAGGAGAGGAGGAUGAGGUUACCACCCACGCUAUUAAGAGCAAAGCCUAUCGAAUGAAGAAGGCGGACGAAAAGGGUGGGCCUGGGUGGGUGGAAAUAGGAACCGGCAUCCUGAGGUUGAAGAAACACAAGGAGACUGAGUCUCGGAGAGUCUUGCUGCGUAACAGCAUGACUGGGAAGAUCAACCUGAACUUCAAACUCUACUCUGGCCUCAAGCCUUCGCAAGCGAAGAAGGCUGUGACUUUUGUCGGACACGAUACCAACGGUGUUGCACAGACAUAUACUGUGAGGGUUGCGACUGAGGAACAGGCUGUAGAACUCAAGGCAGCUCUUGAAAGGGAGAUCGAGUUCGUCAAGGCCAAGGAGAGCGCUUAG